UCGCCUACGAGUGAAAUAAUGAAGUUUGGCUUUCCAAGCUAUGAAAACAUCAAGUCUAGAAAUGAUUAUGUUCUCUCAUAUAACCGAAUGCAUCGUACAGCAAAUUGGGUUAUUGAGCAUCUUACCUCGGAUAAACUGCGUCAACGCAAUGCUGACAGAAGCGAAUCAAUCUUUACUGAAGAUUUAUCUGUACCUGAAAUGUUUAGAUCUACAAACAAAGACUACUCCAAAAGCGGAUUUGAUCGGGGACAUUUGGCAGCAGCACGUAAUCAUGCACAUUCACAGGAUGCUUUGAAAGAUACGUUUUAUCUUAGCAAUAUGAGUCCGCAGGUUGGAGAAGGGUUCAAUCGCGGUAUUUGGAAUAGAUUAGAACAGCAGGUUCGGAGUCUGACCAAAGUGUAUCCGGAUGUCUAUGUUAUCACUGGGCCGCUAUAUCUUCCUCUUGUGGAAAACGAUGGAAAAAAAUAUGUGAAAUAUCAGGUCAUUGGCAAAAACAAUGUAUCAGUUCCUACUCAUUUUUUUAAGAUUGUAGUCGGAGAUCGUCGAAAAGAAAAAAAUGAUGCUAAAUUGGAACUCCAGGUCUUCCUCAUACCGAACAGAAGUAUCCCCGAUGAUACUCCGCUACACGCUUUUAUGGUGCCUCUAGAAUCAGUUGAGAAAGCAUCAGGACUUACUUUUCUAGAUAAAAUUUCUCGCUCAGCUAUUAAACAAGGACGUCUUACUACUUGA